AUGUCUUCUCGCAAAAACUCGUCGCACCCGGCCAUCAACCUCGUCGCCGGCGGUACCGCGGGCCUCUUCGAAGCGCUCUGCUGCCACCCGCUCGACACAAUCAAGGUGCGGAUGCAGAUCUACUCGCGCGCACAGGAAAUCGCAGAGCACGCGCGGCGCGCGCCCGGGUUCGUGUCCACGGCGCGCGACAUCGCGCGGCAGGAGGGCUUUCUCGCGUUCUACAAGGGCCUGGGCGCGGUGGUGAUCGGGAUCAUCCCCAAGAUGGCGAUCCGGUUCACGUCGUAUGAGUUCUUCCGCACGCUGCUGGCGGACCCCGGGUCCGGGGCCGUGUCGACGGGCAACACGUUCCUGGCGGGCGUCGGCGCAGGCAUCACGGAGGCCGUGCUCGUCGUGAACCCCAUGGAGGUGGUCAAGAUCCGGCUCCAGGCGCAGCACGUGCGCUACGUGCCGCUGGCCGCGGAGCUCGCGGGCGCGGCCUCGCCGCACACCGCGUCGCUCGCCGGCGCGUCCACGGCCACGGCCAACGUGCCCGCGGCGCCCAAGUACCGCAACGCGAUCCAGGCCGCGUUCGUCAUCGUCAAGGAGGAGGGUCCGCGCGCGCUGUACCGCGGCGUGUCGCUGACCGCGGCGCGCCAGGCCACCAACCAGGGCGCCAACUUCACCGUGUACUCGACGCUCAAGACCCGCCUGCAGGAGUACCACCAGACCGACAUGCUGCCCUCGUGGGAGACCUCGCUGAUCGGGCUUCUCUCGGGCGCUGUCGGGCCCUUCUCCAACGCCCCGCUCGACACCAUCAAGACCCGCCUGCAGAAGGACAAGUCCGUGUCCAAGGACUCUGGCUGGGCCCGCAUCGUUGCCAUUGGCCGCCAGUUGAUACGAGAGGAGGGCUUCCGCGCCUUGUACAAGGGCAUCACGCCGCGGGUCAUGCGCGUCGCGCCGGGCCAGGCCGUCACCUUCACCGUCUACGAGCUCAUCCGCGAGCAGCUGGAGGGCCUGGCGGCGUCGCGCAAGCUGGCUACGAGCUAG